AUGAGUUUGGGGUUUGAAAGAAGUCCAAAUGAGCACACCCUAUAUGUUAGAGAGGUUGAUGAUGGAAGGAUAUUUGUAUCCUUGCAUGUUGAUGACCUUCUGGUGACAGGGACUGACUCCACUAGGCUAUUGGAUUUCAAGAAAGAGCUGUACAAGGAAUUUGAGAUGACUGAUUUAGGGGAGAUGAGUUUCUUUUUGGGAAUGGAAGUGUGGCAGUCCUCUAAUGGCAUAUUCAUCUCCCAAGAAAAGUAUGCUAAUGAACUACUAAAGAAAUUUGCAAUGGAAAACUGUAAACCUGUCAACACACCUCUGAUGCAAAAUUUGAAGUUGUGUAAAAAUGAUGGUGAUGCUAAGGUUGAUGAAACUAAGUAUAGAAGCAUAGUUGGGUGCUUGGUAUACUUAACUGCAACAAGGCCGGACAUUAUGUAUGCACCAAGCUUACUCUCUAGGUUCAUAAAUGAACCAAGUGAGCUGCAUUUGCAAGCAGCAAAAAGAGUCCUCAGGUACAUUAGAGGAUGUCCAGAGUUGGGAAUAUGGUUUAAGGAAGCUGAAAAUUUCAGUGCUAUAAGCUGGAAUUCAAAAAAACAAGAGGUGGUAGCACAAUCAACGGCUGAAGCUGAAUAUGUUGUUGCUGCUGCUGCAGUCAACCAGUUGGUUUGGCUGAGAAAAUUUUUGAAAGAUUUAAGGCUGGAACAGACUCAAGGAAAUGUGCUGCAUUGUGACAAUCAAUCGGCAAUUGCUAUGUCCAAGAAUCCAGUACUCCAUGGUCGCACAAAGCAUAUCAGAAUCAAAUAUCAUGUAGUGAGAGAGGCAGAGCAAAAUGGUGAGGUGAAGACAGCCGAUCUGGAAAAUGUGGAGAAACUUCCUAUGGUACUUGAUUGGGCAAUCGGAAAUGAGUCCUGCGAAGCAGCAAAAAUGGUUAUAUGUCAAGGAAAAAGCGGAUGUAUUGAUUCUAAAAGCAGAACUGGGUACCUUUGCGAGUGCUUAGAUUGUUAUGAAGGAAACCAUAUCUCCCUAGUGGUUGCAGAGAUGAGGUCACCGAAUUUUCUUUUGCUUCGAGUGACAAACCUUCGCAAACCAAAAAUCAUUCUUUUCCGAUCGGCGCUUCUCAGGCAACUGAAACGAGUUUCAGCCUCAGCUUCGCAUCCCAGAGAGUAA